CUUAUGCAUGAAAUAGAUUGAAAUAAAAUUACUGUUCCUCACCAAAUACAGUUUCUGGAUUUUAUACAGCUACUUUCCUCUAACAUUCUUACGGGAAAAUAGUAAUAUAGGUCAUUAAAAGCUUGUUUUUCAUUUGCUGUCAUUUCCACUGAAGGUAAGUGAACAAGGCUGCUGUGCAGAAACUCCCACCAUUUACCUGCAUGAAACCAUAGAAAUCUGAAUGGAACAAACGUGCUGAAGGUUUGCCAACAAAGGAAAAUGGAACCUGAAGUAAUCAAGCAGUUGGACUAGAUGAUUGUUGGUUGCCCGGUCAGUGGCGGUGAGCCAGCGAUGCUUAAAUCUGAGGCAGCUCCGAGCUGAAUGCUGCAGUCACAGAGUGACCGGUGUCUGCUAAUGCCUGGCAGUGCUCAGGUCCUCAGCCCCUAUGAAUUCGCCCCAGAAACUUAGCCCGACCCUUGAGAAAAGCACCAUUGAGAGGCAGAGGCAAGAGCUCCAGCUUUUAAUUGCGGAACUGAAAGAUCGUGAUAAGGAGCUCAGUGACAUGGUUGCAAUGCAUCAGAGACAGCUUCGCUCCUGGGAAGAUGAUCGGCAAAAACUUCUGACUUUAUCAGAGCAAUGCAACUUAUUAAAGAAUGAGCUGAACAAGAGAAAUGAAAUUAUAAAAUCACUGACCAAAAGGUUAAAGUUCUUAGAAUCUCAGCAGAAUGACAGUAAGAUGUCUGAAAAUACACAGCAGAACUUUAAAGAGCUGUCUCAAAAGGAGAAAAAUCAAAGAACUCCCUGCUCAGUUUUGGAACUGUCUGCUAAAACCAACCAUCUGCAAGCAGGAGAACAGGAGCGUUUUACUGUGCUUAAGCUGAAGGAUGAACUUACAAUUGAAACAACUACAUCUAAAUCCAGAAAGCGGGAAAGUUUAUUGGGUGGAGCAAAGACGGAGGAGUUCAUUCUCAACAAAGAAAGGCAAGACCUCGAACUGAGAUUGAAAGAACUGAUACUUGAAACAAAUAAGCUGAAAGAUGAUCUCUGUGAAAAGACAAAAGAAAAUAAUAAGCAGCAGGAAGAAAUUCUUCACCUCAAACAGGAAAACGAGUGCUUGAGGCAAGAGCUUGCACUUGCUGUUGAGAAAGCAAAGACAAAGGAUCAACUUCUUCAGUUUGCCAAGUCUAAACAAGCACGGACUGAUGCAGAACUGUCAAGUUUGCGACAGAUCUACAUAAAGCAGCUGCAUGACUUGCAAUUUCUUCAUGUCAAUUUGGAGAGCUCUCAGGAAUUAAGCAGAGGUACGGCAUUCUUUGUCCCUGAAAGUAACAGCCAGAUAGACACAGUUUGGACUGAGGGCACCCAUAGGAUAUGUGAGAAGUGUGGAACUGCACAAUAUCCAAAAAGGAGGGUAAAAACCACCUCGGAGACGUGUGAAGUAGAUGAUAGUUUGUUACUGAAUACAUCAAACUUGGAGGAAACUACCUCAAAAUACUUAAACCAGUGUCAGAAAGUUGUGAAAGUCUUGGCUGGCCUUGCAGAAGAAGAAGAAAAGCAGGAUGUUGCAUCAAGCUCUGAUCAGCUAAGCAGCAUAGGAUUGUGUGAGGCAAACAACACAAGGCCAUUGAGAAACAGGGAAACUUCUGAGAAUGGAGUGGAGAGCAGAGAUCGACAAACCUUUCAGUCGUCUUUACUUCAAUGCAAGCAUUGCCUUAAAUUCAGUUCUUGUGUAGAUUCACAAAACAGUUUGAGCCAAAACACUGUCACAGCUGACAAAUCUGAUAAUGAAAAUAAAACUUGGCAAGAGCGAACCGAAAUUCUUUUUGACCAGAAAAGCAGAGACACUCCUGUUGCAAUGCACAAGUCUGAAUCUGAUUCACGUAGCGAUGACUUCAUCAUAAAAAAAGAUGUAUUGUGGAAGCCAGUAUCAGAUCAGGAAUGGCUGAAGAUUUUCAAACCCAUAAAAGGAGAUGGAAAUAUACAGCAUGGAAAAGAUUUCAACUGUCUCAAAACUGCACAGGAGAUGAAAUGUGCCAGCUCAAAAAGUGAAGAAAAUGUGGAUCUGAAUUCUUUUCACUUGGAUUCUCCCUGUUUGACAUCCACCCAGAAAAGAGACAGGCCUCGAAGAUGUGAGAAGUGCUCCGAUGAAGACUUCCCUCUGGAGAUCGAUGACCUUCCAGGGACUAAGCAAACAAACAGGUGCUGCUGUGCUACCGUUGACCAAGACACCGGUUUCCCCAUAAGUAGGCUGCAGCAUGCAUUGGCUGAGUCUCAACAGAUGGUUGCUGAUCUGGAGCUUAGCACUCCCCUCCACGCGAGCCCUUGCUGCAGUCCAAGCAGCAGCAGCAUUAAUGUAGUAUAUAUUGCUCUCAGAUGACUACAUUUAGGUGUCUGAGAAGACUGAUUACAAACAUCCUUUCCCUUAUGCUUGACUUGUGCUACAACAUUAUAAACGAUAUCCUCCUCAGGCUUUACUAAAGAGAAAAUUUCCGCAUACCUUAAAGUGAAGUACUUGGGUUUUUUUAUAGGAUUCUUUAUGGCUCCUCAAGGUCAUGGAAGGAUUUGACUUUUCCAUGUGCCUAAACAGAUGGAAGGAAGAAGUCAUUUUGGAGCAAGCUGUAGGAGGCCUAGAAAAAAGCGAGCAUAAGUAUGACUUAAAUUCAAAACUGGCUUAUUACGCUAGGUGUAUUUGUGGAAAGGAGGACACUAUAGGAAAUAGGUGAUGUAUAGCAUAGUUUUAUAUAUGAAUUUAAACCAGACCCUCAGCUUAAAUAACUGUAGAGAGCAUACUCAACGGUCAAAGAAAAUAACCUAUAUAUAGCUGUCAUGGCAAUUUAUUUUAUGAGCAUGAAUAGGGAAUUUCAGACCUGAGUAUGUGGGCAAUAGGAGUAAUCGGAGAAGGGGGCACUUGUUUUUGUCAAUAUCCUGAAGAAUCUCUACCUUGUUUUACAAGGGGAGUGUACAACACAGUACUAGAAAUGAGUAACUCUUGCUGGUGUGUAUCACAAAGGAAGGAUUUAGGCUUACGAUUUUAAAGCAGACUCCUAAUGAGGAGGCUGCGUGCUGAAACCUCUCUCUCAAAAUGUUGCACUCUUUAUAUUUUUAGACGAACUUGACCAGAACAACGUUACUGUGAGUAACAGACAAAGUAAUCUUGAUAACAUUCGGAACCAUAAAACCCUAGCUGUGCCAGCACUGACUGACAGAGUAUAAAGGUUGUGUGCUGACAUUUGCAUAAACUGAAAGGGUAUUUUGUUCAGAAGUUCAUCUGCAGAAUUUAAUUCAGUGUGAAAGACAGCAGCAGUGUAGUCUUUUGCAAAGAGACUGUCCUGUAGGAGGGAUUCCUGAAAAGCUCUCUGUAGAACAGUGGUUGCCUGUGGCUCUUGCCCAGCCCCAUCAGCUGUCUGGCUCCUGCUCGCUGGUUGGCGCGUCCCAGCUCAGCUAAACCGGCUGUCCUUUAGCAUGACUCUGCUUUAUAGCCUGAUCGUGUGUUUUUGAGCUUGGAAAUUUGCUUCUCAUUCAGAAUGGUUCCUUUACUGGACAGAAAGUAAAGCAGGCUCAUGUUUACUGGUGGGGGUAGCUUCUGAACCACAUCUGUAGAACUUUGAUCUACUUCCAGAGCGGUUCUGGGCAAAAACUUGCCAAGCAUGUUUUAGUUAAUCUAUGCAGGCCAACUAAUCUGUACUUAAAAACAGGUUUACCUGAGGCUGUUUUAAACUGCGCUUUAGAACACAUAAGAUGUCUCAAAUAUAACCCUUAGAAUUUCAUCACUAAGAAUUUGUACCUGUUGGAUUCUGUGCCCUGUUUGAGAGAGGGAUGAGAAGAGGGAAUUAAAAAGCAUAUCCUUGCUGCUUGCCAUUUAGAACCUGGCAGCUCUGUAAUUUUAUUAUCUGCGAUCUUCCACGUAGUGUUUUUGCAUUACAAUGCAGACAACAGAACUUGCAGAAGUUCUCCACAGAAACAAGUUUACUGCUGCAGAGGAGAGAGAUGCUAAAAUUCCAUUCUUUUCUCUAUGAUGUUUUGUGAGUAUGAAGAUGUUUUCAACUUGAUAUCUUUGUUGUUGUUUCCUUCUUUAUAAAUGCAUCUUCACUAUUAAAACAUGUCUGUGGACUUCUGAGAUGAGCCUGGCACAAGAUUCUAAGUGCACUGGCUCAGAACGCAUUUCCAAUAAACCUCUUGUGAGUACUGUAACAGCAAACAGAUAUUAAGGCAGCAAGUAAUUCCUUUAGUCAAAUAAUUGAACUUUCAUCAAGCGUGUUCCUCAUCCUCUGGGUAGUCAGACCUCACAGCUCCAUUCCCGAGUACCUGCACACUGCUUAUUGUAGUUAAAAUCCUUCUGUGUGUUACAGAUAACAGGAUCAAGGAUAUGAACAUUGUUGAAUAAGAGAUCGGGAAGUGUUUUUCAGUGCCACAGCCAAAGGCCGUUUUAGCAUAUUGUUCCUGGGCUCAGAGCUCCCAAAGUAGAUUGUAUUGAAUAGAGCUGUUUCAGAAUAUAAAAAGCAGCCUUGCCCACAGCGGAUUGUUUUCUUCUUUUCGAAUCAGGAAAUUUCUCACUCUCUGAUUAUUUGUUCCACUAAUGUGAAUUGGAUGCUUGCAAUAGGCACCACAUUGUCUGGUUCUGAGGACAAAAGAGUAACCAGAUAUGGUUAAAAUACCGAACACCACAUGAAACUGAAUAAGAACUAGCAACAACGGGGAGAAAAAUCGACGAAACAAGAAAUCUUCCAGUGCUGACACAACUCAAGCGCAUGUCUGCAAAGAGACGUUAUUACGCAGCAGGCUGAAGUGUAAAGCUUUGUGGCAAUUCAUUUCUUAAGCUGAUCAAUGUCAGUCCCCUGGGAAGCUGGUGCUCAGUUCUUUUCUCUUGGUAUAUUCAACCUACAGUCCCUGAACUGCUUCUGUCCUCUGUGCCCCUGGGGAGUGGGGCUGGUUUGUAGCACCCUCGUGUUCUGCUGUUUCUGCAGGAAUGCCUUGCAUUAAGGAUGGAGACACUAAGUCUUCUUUCCAAAUAAGUUGGGUCUGCUUAGCGCACGCUAAUGGGACACUCAUAGGAAAUGGAUGCUGAGUAGCUGGAAUGCCUUACUCUGCUCGAAUGUUCCUAUGUAGAAAUCUCUUCCUAAAGAGAGCCUUAAGAUAAAAGAAGCUGGAGGUUUUAUAGAUCGAAGCCAGCGCUGUGACUUGCAUCCUGAAACCACUGAUGGUAAAAAGUUUCAAGAGCAAAUCCCCCAAACUGCUGAGCACCACGCUGAUGCAGCAAAGCAGUAAGCAUGCGCUUAGCCUACAGAAAUAAUCUCAUUUGCUUCAAGUGAGAAAGAACUGGUGGAACAAAUGUUCCCACAAUUCACUGUAGAUCCCUGACAAGAACUGGUGACUGUGCAAGUCACUGGCUGCUGCCUAAUUCUUAUUUUCUUCAUUUAUUAAAAGGCAGCAAAUCACUGCAAUCAGUUAAACCCAAAGCAGCUUUUGCAGAGUUGACGGCAGGCUCAGAAAUAACUAAUGUUUGUGCAGUUUCCUAUAGAGAAGUGAUGGAAUUGAUUUGAUUGGGUUGGGGUUUUUCUUAAUUGCUUUGAAAUCAUUUGAGGGCAGGUGCACUGAUAAACAUCAGGUUAAUUUCCUGACUAGCUGACAGGGAUUUAGCCAUUUACAUCAGUCAGUUGUUUUUCCUUUAGAGGGAGAUUGGGUGGGGAAGAGUUGAAGAGGCAAGAGAGGAAAGCAAUGAGUAAAAGGAUAUAUUCAGUGUUGGAUACCAUAGCAUGUGCCACUGCUUGUAAACUGUGACUCAGUGACUGGCAGAGGGCACAAAGAUCACUCCUUUUUGCAAAACAAACUGGAAAGGUUUUAUUUCAUAACACUCCAGUGGUGUCCCUGAGACUUGGCUUUCAGUGAAGUGCUUUGUUUACUUUUCUGCUCUUUAUAUUUUUAUUCCAUGCUUUUAUUCCGUCUGCACUGUCAGAAUUUAUAUAGUAAAUCGACACCAAUGUGCUUACUUAAUACACGUUAGUGGAAAUUUUCCUGUGUUUUAAUAGGAAUCUGUAAUUUUCUGCAGUGGAUGAAGAAGUUUCUAAUAUAGAAUUAAUUAUGAGAUCUGAAGAUCAUCAACCUGUCAGCUACAACGGAAAAUUACCUGAUGUUUUUCCCAUGGUUCUCUGAGUGUUUGAAAGACACAAGUGGCAAAAAGAUGGGACUAUGUGGGCAUAUACUUUAUCUUCAAAUAAAACAUAGAAUUAUGCCAAGAUUAACAAAACUAUUUUUAUAACAGAGAGCUCAGGUUAAAUACUAGCUUGUGUUUUAAGAAUCUUAAGUCUGUAAUUGUUACGACAUAGGAAUUAUUUUUUUUUACUGUUUUUUAUGGUGGCUCAGAAAUAUUUAUAGAAUAUGACACAGCCGAGCAUUCUUUUUUUUUUGUUAGUUUAUUGUUUUUGUCCUGGACUUCUUGCCCUGUAGAGAGAGAUGAAUAAUGUUUAUAGGAAGUUCCCAAUUAGCGUUGUAACCAGGAACUGCCUCCUACAUUGUUGAAAUUGGAGAGCUGUCACCCACAAGAUGGGCAAAACAACCUCUUCCCCCGUCAGGAACUAUUUAUUCUAACAAAAGCUUUAACAAGAUCAGGUGUGGGUAUGGGCUCUGGCAGAAGAAAAGCUUAAUCUGAGCUGCUCGUUAGCAUUAGAACUGGUUUUAUCUUUGAUUAUUGGGCAAGAAGCCUUCUGUUAUCACAAUUGGAAUUUAUUUUUUAACUAAAAGAUCAAAGAAGCUAAUAAAGGUGAAACCUUUGCGGGCUCUUUGUUCC